GCGCUUGUCAAAAAAUUGUAGCGAGAAUGAAGUUGUGGAAAAGCAAAACAUCCAUUGUUUUUGCGGUCUUUAUAUUCUGUAAUUUUUAAUCAGUCAAUUUGAUUGGAAAUUAAAAAAUAGGUAUUAUUUUAGUGCAGGUGCUUUGAAUUAUUUCGUAAAAUAGUAAGUUAUCGUUUGUCACUUGAAAGUUCAGUGUUAAACUGCGUCAGAGCAGCAGCCGGAACGAUGAGCUUCUCGAGCGAUGAGGUGAAUUUUCUUGUUUACCGCUACCUCCAAGAAUCAGGUUUUUCCCACUCGGCGUAUACAUUCGGAAUCGAAUCGCACAUUUCGCAAAGUAACAUAAAUGGAGCACUGGUUCCACCGGCCGCAUUGCUCAGUAUUUUGCAGAAAGGCUUGCAGUACACAGAAGCAGAAAUCAGCAUUGGUGAAGACGGAACCGAACAACGUUUGGUAGAGAGUUUAAGCCUGAUCGAUGCUGUCAUGCCAGAAGUGGUUGCUAUCAGACAAAAUUUACAAAAUCAACAAAAGCAAACUAUUAAGACCGAAACGACUGAAACAAAUGGUACUACCAGCACCACGUCUGAGGAGACAUCGACGGCUCAAACGACAACUUCAACGACUACGACGACUACGUCCGCAUCAACUCCAGCUCCAGCUGAUAGCAUGGAAGUUGAUCAGAGCAUCGAGAUUCCGGCAUCGAAGGCCACUGUUCUGCGUGGUCACGAAAGUGAGGUAUUUAUUUGUGCUUGGAAUCCAAGCACAGAUUUACUCGCCAGUGGUUCUGGUGACAGUACCGCCCGUAUUUGGGAUAUGUCCGACAAUUCAACUAACCCAAAUCAGCUUGUGCUAAGGCAUUGCAUUCAGAAGGGUGGAACGGAAGUACCCAGCAAUAAGGAUGUUACAUCGUUGGACUGGAAUUGUGACGGAACACUUUUAGCAACUGGUUCCUACGAUGGGUACGCUCGCAUCUGGCGUACCGACGGGUUGCUCGCAAGUACUCUGGGGCAGCACAAGGGACCAAUAUUUGCGCUCAAGUGGAACAAACGUGGUAACUAUAUUUUAUCGGCCGGUGUAGAUAAAACCACUAUUAUUUGGGAUGCCGCCACUGGUCAGUGUACGCAACAAUUCAGCUUCCACUCAGCUCCGGCCUUGGAUGUAGACUGGCAAUCAAACCAAUCGUUCGCUAGUUGCAGCACAGAUCAGUGCAUUCAUGUAUGCAAAUUAGGUGUUGAUAAACCGAUCAAAUCGUUCCAAGGGCAUACGAAUGAAGUAAACGCCAUCAAAUGGGAUCCACAGGGUCAGCUAUUGGCGUCCUGUUCGGACGAUAUGACAUUGAAGAUUUGGUCCAUGAAACAGGACACAUGCGUUCAUGAUCUACAGGCUCACUCCAAGGAAAUUUACACUAUUAAGUGGUCGCCUACAGGAACAGGCACAAACAACCCAAACAUGAACCUCAUUCUAGCAAGUGCUUCCUUCGAUUCUACAGUGCGUCUGUGGGACGUUGAACGAGGUGCCUGUAUCCACACAUUGACAAAACAUACUGAACCCGUUUACUCGGUUGCAUUUAGUCCGGAUGGGAAGUUCCUCGCCUCUGGAAGUUUCGACAAAUGCGUUCAUAUUUGGAGCACACAGAGUGGUCAAUUGGUGCAUAGUUACAAGGGCACCGGUGGUAUUUUUGAGGUUUGCUGGAAUUCGAGAGGAAGCAAAGUUGGUGCCAGUGCCAGUGACGGCAGUGUGUUUGUACUAGAUUUAAGGAAGUUAUGAGCGGGACCGACGACCGCAGCCGAGAAGAAAGCCAAUUCUACCGGCGCUUAAGUUGUGACAAUACAGCAUCAUUCGCUUGGGAAAACUGCACAUUUAAACAUUUUAACACUUCAUUUUGUGUUAAUGCUUAGUAUUUAAAUAGUUUGUAGUAAAACCACAGAGAAUGGCAAGUUUUUCUGUUGUAUUCUGGAUACUGCACCAGUUCAGUUUGAAUUGACCGUAAUUCGAUCACUUGACAUAUGAAUCGUAUUUUUUAAAUCUGGGUAUAUCUAAUCCUUCAAUACGAUCCUGUUCCAGAUUGUAGAGUAAAAUCUUAGGGAUAGAUGAUAUAACAGGCUUCACAGUAUCGUUUUCCGUAUUUUGGUCGUGUGUCGACAGACCCCUAAUUUGGAGACAAGAGUCUUGUUGCGAUAUUUAAGCUAUAUACUGCCAGAUAAUUUUGGAGUAUUGAAAUGAAAAAAUAAGUAUACUAAUCAAUAGCGUUUUGGCUAAAUAUCAUGUUUAAGAUCAUGUUGCAAUCAAAAAUUGCAUUCAAAAUUAAUCACUAAGGCGAUAAGGAAGCUUCAAUAUCUAAACCAAUUUUUAUCUGCGUAUAAGAAUUAGGAUUAUGCGAUUGGGGUUUAUGCAUAAUCAACCUAGAAUAGUCGACUUAGAUGUUCAAAGUAAUAUUCGUGGAAACAUAAUUAAUUAUUAAGCAACCGAUAAUUGCCGAAUUAUGUGUAAUCGUAAAACAUUCUACUGAUAGAUGUAAUAAACUUCAUGAAAACCCCUA